AUGGCGAGGUCAGCGGCAGUGUUGGGGACGGCCAGGCUUGUGGUGAGGUCAGUGGCAGAGUUGGGGUCAGCCAGGCCCAGGGCGGGGUCAGCGGUGGGCAGCAAGAAGAAGCGCAAAUCCAGCAAGUGCCUGUUAGGGAGCAGGGCCCCCGGGGGCCCUGACACCCCGCCGGGGGCCCCCCGGUCCGUGGGCAGACUCCUGAGCCAGCUGCUCAACACGCUGUGCACGCUCACCCUUGUCAGGAGGGGCCGGACGACGUCCGUCGCCAGCCGCCCUCCGCACCAGGCCCAGGCCCAAGCCUGGGUCCAGGCCCAGCCCUGCCCACAUCAUCAUCACCAUCAUCAAAUUCUGCCCAUGCCCACGGCCCCGCAGUCCCGCACCCACCUCCCACCGUGGCACAGCCCAGGGAUCCCCGUGCCCGGCGUGUCCAGCCUCCAAAACCACAGCAACACCUGCUUCAUGAAUGCCACCCUGCAGUGCCUGAGUAACACCGACCUGUUCACAGAGUACCUGGCGCUGGGGAGGUACCGGGCGGGGCACCCCCAAGACGCCCCCGCCCAGCCCGACCACCCACUGGCCAAGGGCGAGGUCACUGAGCAGCUGGGACAUCUUGUGCGGGCGCUGGGGACCCUCGAAUACACCCCCCAGCACAGCAAGGACUUCAAGGCUAUCGUCUCCAAGAACGCGGUCCAGUAUGAAGGGAAUUCUCAGCAGGAUGCUCAGGAGUUUUUGCUGUGGCUUCUGGAUCGUGUGCAUGAAGACCUCAACCAGGGCAUGAAACAACGUAGCCGACUCCUGCUUAAGCCGAAGGGACUGACCUGUCUGGCUAGUAGCACUUUCGUACAAGAGGUUUUACAAGCCCAGUACAGGUCUUUAGUAACGUGUCUUCAGUGCCAGAAACGGAGCAACACCUUUGACCCUUUCCUCUGCAUUUCUCUACCAAUUCCUGUGCCCCUGACGAGGCCUGUGUACGUUACUAUGGUCUCGGGGGAAUGUUCUUACUGGAUGAGGAUCGGCGUGGCGGUACCUCUGAUUCGGACUGGGGUCUGGCUGCGAGAGGCAGUGUCCAAUGAGACCAAGGUCCCCACUGACCAGAUCGUGUUAACAGAGUUGUGCCACGAUGGGUUCCGUCGUUCCUUUUGUGACUCAGAUGAUCUGGAGCUGGUACAAGGAAUUGACUCCAUUUUUGGCUUUGAGGUGCCUGAGAUAGUUACACCUGAGGAAAUGCUCAGUGAAGGGGGAAUGCGUUUAAGCCAUGAUCUGAACGAUUUGAAGUACACUCCCGAUCACCAGGGGAUACCUUUACACUUGCAAGUGACAACGAGGCAAGAAGAAGCAGAUUCGUCCUCCACAAGCGCGACAAGCGACAGGAUGAUUUUGCUGGUUUGUAACCGAGAGUCUACUGAGCAGAAGGACGAGAGGUUUGGACGACCCUUCGUGCUGCACCUAGAGAAGACCGUAGCCUGGGAUCUUCUUCAGAAGGAGAUAUUAAAGAAGAUGUGCUAUGCCUUAAGAAAGCCGACCAUUUCCAGUCAGGUCUGGCUGUUCAGUUUGCUAGUGGCCAGUUUUGCGGGAAUCCAACAACCACUACCGCACAGGGAGCAACCCCUCUGCUACCAGGCAUGGAAGUUGUGUAGAUGUGGUGGCCCUGCUUAUGUGAAAUUGUUAGUAGAGUGGGACAGUGAGACAAAAGGGUACCUAUAUGUACAUACCGAAAGUGAAUAUGUUCCAGAUGCAGAGAGUGCCCGUCUGCAGAAGCAGCAAUGUGAACAGUCUCAGACCUGCUGCAUUCUCUCACAGUGUUUCCAGUUUUUCACCAAAGAGGAGCAGCUUUCUCCAGCUGAUGCCUGGCGUUGUCCCCAUUGUAAGAAGCUUCAGCAGGGGAGCAUCACUCUGCGUCUGUGGACUUUGCCUGGUGUGCUUAUCAUAUAUCUGAAGAGAUUUCGACAGGAAGCAGACAGGAGCAUGAAGUUUCAGCACAUGGUGACGUUCCCUCUGACUGGCUUGGACAUGACUCCUUUUGUGGCAAAACGAAGCCAGGGUAGCUGGACUCUACCAUCUCAUUGGUCCCCAUGGAGGCAUCCUUCUGGGCCUGGGAGAGAGCCUAAGGACUGCAUAUAUGAUCUGUAUGCCGUAUGUAAUCAUCAGGGGGCCAUGCAGUGGGGACAUUACAUGGCCUACUGUAAGAACUCAGUGGAUGGGCUCUGGUACUGCUUUGACGACAGCAGUGUGCAGCAAUUGUCUGAAGAUGAAGUCUGCAAACAGAUGCAGCAUAUCCUCUUCUACCAGCGGCAGACUGCCAUCCCUUCGUGGUCAGCCAACAGCUCAGUUGCCAGCUCCACGAGAUCUUCGCUGUGCGAACACUGGGUGAGCCGGAUCCCUGGGGGCAAACAGGUUAGCAUCUCCUCUGCCCCUUUUUCCCGACACUCAUCUCUGGCUUUGCUCUCAGAAUCAGUGGCGUUGACUGGUCAACGAGGCGAAGACGACAGUGUAUUCUUUACUCUACCCUCCAGUUCCUCUGUCACCAGCCCUCUGGCCAUCGACGAAGACCGUAUGAAACUGUCUUGGUCGCCAUCUCCUAAGCUGCAACUGCUUUCAAACUCUACAUCCCUUUUCUCGGGGGAGUCUCCAGUUCAUACCUCCUCCUCUACCUUGGAGAAUAGCGAUGAGGAUGAAGAAAACAGACUUUUCGAAUCCUGGUUCAGGAGCUUGAGUAGUCAUUUCAGCAGCUUCAUGGAUUCAAGUGGCAGCGAUAGCUGGCAUAAACAGGAGGAGAGCGUUCCUCUUGCUGUUGUGCAAGAAGUAUUUUGAGACGAAUUGGUCAUCAGGAAAUCUGGCCCAAGCCUAGCGGACAUGCAGAGGGUAAGUUCAGGACAAGGGGACAGGGUGCAUCCUGUUUUAGAUCCCUUUGCUAACAAGAAUCAGAUCGCCUUUGUGGAUCAGAGUUCCUUUGUUGAGAGCUCUUUCAUUGAAGAGAACGAACCGGCUGGUGGCACUGGCUUAUCCCUGGAGAAAUCAGACAGCACGAUCAAAAAGUCUCCUGGCUCCCAAGGCAUUCCUGGCCCAGAUAAAAGCGUGAAGAAAGGAAGGACGGUCUGGGCAAAUCAGGAGUCCUCUAAUUCAAACACCCCAUCUACAACUAGUGUGACUACUACUACUUCUCCUCCCCCUCUCCCCGUAAAAAGCUAUCUGAAGACUUCCAGGGGCAAGGCCGAUUCCAUCGGGGCCAGUGGGCAACAGGCAUCCCCUGCCCCUCCACUACCCAAGAAGAGGCUGGCAGUCAAACCCCAAGACUGCGUCAUCAGCCGCUUCAGGAGCAAAAGCCGACCUCCGGUCCGGCCCCACGGCCCCCCCAUCCCUGCUAAAAAAUGUGCCCUGGGCUGGGUCCCAGAGGGUCCCUCCUCAGGCAGCCAGAGCACGUCCUCAGACCGAAGCCUGGUUAGGGAAGGCUCCAAAUCGUGCCUUGGAUCGGACAAAGGCAACUCCGUCUUCACCUCCAAACCCGACUACCCUAAAGUCAGCCAGUUCAGAGGAGGCGAGAAAAGCGGGGACAGCAAGCAAGUGAGCGGUUCUUCGAUGGCUAGCCUGCACUCUCCCAACCCAGACACCAACUCAGGCCUGAAGAGAGACAGUAAGCCAGAAGACAGUGGGCUUUCCUUUUUCAAAUCCUCUCUGAGGCAGAAGGAGGCCCAGCAGUCUGCGGAUCUUGGCAAAACCACCCUGCUUCCGAAAAAGGAGAGCGUCGGUUCCAUCAGGUCUGUCUCUAGGAACCCAGGGGAGGACAGGCCUGAGAAGAGCAACCAGCCACCAUCUUCCCAGCCUCCCGGCGUCAACACUGUAGCCGAAGAGCAGUUUGUCUCUAAGGAUCUCACCUCGGUCAAACAUUGGCCGCUGUCCUGA